UGGAGGCCGCCCCAGGGAGCCCUGGACUGGAGAUUCUCCAGGCACAGGGCCUUCUCGGAAACAAGGCUCUCCCCACGAUGGAAUUUCAGUUUCUCUUUCCUUCUUGGCACAGGUCUGGACUCACCUUGCUCAGUGGCUGGCCCCACCCCCUCAUGCCUUUUCAGUCAAAGUGAAGAUUGCAACUUCCAUUUGCCUUUUCACUUUACACACAUCACCUGGGACUGCCCAGGGAGCCUGGCUAAAAGCAGAGCCAUGAGGCCAGAGGAGCAGUUGAGAUCCGACCAUGACUACAGCUUGGGUUCUGGUGCUCAUGACCGUGGUGCUGGGCUUGGCCACAGCUGGCCCUGUCCCCACUUCCAAGCCCACCACAACGUGGAGGGGCUGCCACAUGGGCAGGUUCCAAUCUCUGUCGCCACGGGAGCUGGAAGCCUUUAAGAAAGCCAAGGAUGCCUUGGAAGAGUCGCUCCUGCAGAACGACUGGAGCUGCAGCUCUCGCCUCUUCCCCAUGACCAGAGACCUGAGGCUGCUGCAGGUGCGGGAGCGCCCGGUGGCCCUGGAGGCUGAGCUACACCUGACGCUGAAGGUCCUGAGGACUGCGGCUGAUGCGUCCCUGGGCGUCGUCCUGGACCAGCCCCUUCACACGCUGCGCCACAUCCACUCCAGGCUCCGGGCCUGUGUCCCGGCUCAGCCCACAGCAGGCCCCAGACCCCGGAGCCGCCUCCACCACUGGCUGCACCGGCUCCAGGAGGCCACGAAGAAGGAGUCCCAAGGCUGCCUUGAGGCCUCCGUCACAUUCAACCUCUUCCGCCUCCUCACACGGGACCUGAAAUGUGUUGCCAGCGGAGACCUGUGCGUCUGAGGACCUGGACCCACCGCCGCCCGUCUGGAACCCAGACCUUAUUUAUGAACUAACCCAUCCCCGCCUUAAGUUAUUUCCCCUCCCCCCUUAUUUAUGGAGCUUCGACUCUGACUCAGACCCCUAAGAAUUGUUUAUUUUUCUACUUUUGUAUAAUCUGUGCAAAUAAACAGUAGGAACUGUAAAGAAAGAAGAGCCAAAUACCAGUUUUCGGGAGAUCGGAGAACAGAGGAGCAUGUUAAUAACAGCAGGGCUGCAAUCAGCGAAACUGAGACUGGCAAAUGCUGAGGGACGAAUAGCCCAGCUUCCUCAACAAACACAUUUCAAGGAAAGAGAGACAGGGCCCUACGCUCUGCCCGGCAGUCUGUAAAGGCCAUUUACAGGCCUGUCCACGAACUGCGGCGUGCGGGCCUUAUUUGCGCCCUGAUGCAACCAAACUGUUCUAAACAUACAGGUUCAUAAGACAACUGGACAUGGGGACAAUGACUGGGUAUUUGUCACUAUUAAAGAAUUGUUAUCAAAAUUUAGAUGUGCUCAUGCUAUUGUGUUUCAAAAGUCCUUGUCUUUUAGAUACACAUACUGAAAUGUUCACAGAUGAAACAGGUGUCUGCAGUUUGCUUCAAAGGAACUGGGGGGCGGGGGGUUGGCCAGGUAGAGGAAAGCAGGUGGCCACAAGUUGCUAACUGUUGAACCAUGGAAGCUGGGUUCAAUAUACAUGAGCGUUCAUUAUACCAGCCUCACUUCUUUUGUAAAUAAAAGGGCUUUUUAAAUGAGCAAAGAGAGAGCCUGUGGUUUACGCAAGAUAAUCCUUUCUCCCUCUCAUAUAAAAACUCUGCAGGUAAGCGGGCAGGCCAGGCGUGAUCGCGGCUUCCGAAGCAUCAGGGACCAUGCCCCUCCCAGCUGCCGCCCCACCCUCCCCUUCACUUGGCUUCCAACUCGGUCUCCCAAGGCUGCUCCACUCCAGCCAGCACAGCCAGUCCAGCGGGAAGGAGGGUCCGGGUGGGAAGAGGGACAAACUCCUUUCUUUGAAGGACAUGUCUCAGAAGCCACACACGGCAUUCUUCCAUCCCAGGGCCCAGACGCAGUCACAUGACUGUGCCUGGCUGCAGGAGAGGCAGUCUUGACAGCCAUAUGUCUACAAAUCAGGGCUUCUCUUACCCAGGGAGGAAGGGCGAGCAGAGAUCGGGGUUCCAUUCACAGUGUUUGCCAUAUUCUCAUCUGAGAUUGGCAAUCAGGCUCGUGGGGUACCACAGAUCGGUGCUCGGAGCUGGCAGCAGAGCUAAUGCUGUACAGCUGGUGGGCCUGAGGGGCUUAAAUGCUUGUUAUCUACAUAUACAAAUUAAGCAUCUGCUCAGAAUCUGCUCCGCUUCGGAUGCAGGGCCUAGUGGCUGCCUCUGCUCUCCCAGGCUGGGUGUCAUCUCCAGGAAGCUGCUGUUCCUGGCAGCCAGGAUGGUGGGGCCAUUUCCUAUGCUGUAGCUAAAAGCAAACCCAGCACCUGGGCCUGGGUCUGGCCCAAAGCCUGGAUAUUUGUCCAGCCAGUGCGGGAAAAGGAGAAGCCUGUUCCGUCUCUUCCCCAACAGCUGAACCACCUCGUGGGCCCUGCCCAGCAGCGGUCAGCACCGUGGUGCUAGGGCCAGGAUGUCCCAAACCACAGCCGCUCUUACCCACCCUUAAGAUUUUGGCCAUGUCCUUUGCUUUUACGUCAACUCUAUUAAAAACACCUUAAAUUGACUUUUAAAGUAAUCUGUCAUUGCUGUAGAUGGAAAAGCAGUGUGGCUGCCCUAAAUAGAAGGUAACUGAAAACCUGGCUAAGAUUCUGCCAGAGGUGAGCCCGACGUCUGCUUUCUCAUUGUUACAGGCAAGGUAGCAUUAAACUGACUGCCUCUUUGAGGCGUUUAAGUGAAUCUAAAGAAUGAAAAAUGGACCUUUUUCUCAUAAUGUCCUUCAAUGUUAUUUAAUGCCUGUCAAUCACCACCAACAAUCAUUUCUCCUGGAAACGUGGGAAACACAGGUGAACUCUGCACACCUCAGUCUCCCCAUCUGUAAGACGGGGAUCAUAACAGCACCUGUCUCCCUGGAGGACCGACACCAGACGAGAUCACGCACGUGAAGUCUGAGCGGACGAGCCGCCAGGCUCAUAGUACAGGCACUCAGAAGCUGGCUGUUAUUAUUCCUGUUCCAUGGAGGAGAAAAUGUGAGCCCUGUCAUUAAA